ACACACAAUCAUGUUCGUGAAUCAUGAAUCUGCUGUCUGCUCUUUGUUUUUCUCAGUCAGUUUUCUAUAGUAGAAAGAAGAGUUAUUUGUUCUCUGCUCUACUUUAAAUAUUUUGACCUAAAAAUUCGAUAAAUAAUUGAUUGUGCUGUGCCAAAUAAGAACGAAAUGAACCGCAUCGACGUUUUAUCUUUUAAUUUUUUACAUAGAACCGGAUUUUGUUAUUAAGCUUCAUAAGGUGAAAUUCAAACAGGAAAACAUGGUUACACCACAAGUGUUAAUUAGUUUCAAUUUGUGUUGGGUAUUUUGUUUGGUGUUUGCAAAUUGUACUCGUCUAACGACAAAACACAACAAUGAUUCGGAUUUUGUAGUUGUUGGGAACAUAAAUGAUGAUAAAGACGGUUGCCAAUAUCUGUUAGAAUCAUUUGCUCACACCUCAGCUAACUUCACAUUUUGUGCCAUUAGUCAUGCUAGGCCUAUUACUUUGUGUCAACAAUGUAAAGAUCCCUAUUUACUCACUGUGGGAGUCCAUGAUGACAUUUUAAAACUUGAAGAUGAAGCUGGUGAGCUCUGCAAAGAGAAACUGUUGAAUUUGGACAGACUUCAAGUUGUGGAAGGUGGUUUUAGCUAUAUCAAAAAUCUUUGGGACAGAGCUGAGUGUGAUCUGUGCUAUGAUAUGGGAAGUGAUAACAAACCAAAGGAACUAAAUUCGCGAACCAAGGAAAUUCUACGUUUGUACAAUUUGACACAAGAGUGCAUCGACCAACAUCAAAAUACAACAUCCUUGUAUCAUAACGAUCCUCCUGUGUGCUCAGAAUGUAAACAAUUCUACCUAGAUCUCAAUUCAAAGUACAACGAAUUAAAAGACAGCACACCUUUCUGCAUGGACAUAACUGAUCUCAUGAAUAGUACCAGGUAUGAAUGGAGUGUUACGAUCAAAUGUUGUUUGGACAGACAAAAGCCUGAACUUUUGUUCCUUCUAGCAACAAGUAUAAUAUCAGUAUUGCCAGUUGUGUUGUAUAUCAUGGCAUGCUCGUUUUCUGGAAAGAAGAAGCAGAACAUAGUGCUACGGAAGCGUGUGAGCAUUCCUUACCCGAAUGAGGAUGAAGCUAUCCAUAAGAUUGACGAUGCAAUGACGCCUAUAAUCGAGGAUAUCAACUCGGCAAAUGAAGAUAUCACUGAAGGAGACAGUCAACCAAGCGUAUCAAGAGCCGUGGAAAGAGACCAGUGAACUAUGAAACGAAGAUAACAUUAGGAAAAUACAAAAUAAAUCCACAAUGUCAACUAUCCACAUCAUUGAGUUAUUGGGAUAAUAUUCUCUAAAUUCAGCAUCUAUUUUAUCAUCUCACCAUCUGCAGAAGACUUCAAUAAAUUCCUACCGUUCUUGCUUGUAAUUAUUCUAUUUUAUUCACGUCUAGUUUAGAAAAGUGUACAUAAUAUAAUUGUAUUGAAUGAAUAGUAUUCAAUUGCGUAGGUAGGGUUUAGAAUUGAACAAUAAAUAAUUAUCUCACGUGUAGCAAGAAAUGGAUAAUGUAAACGUCUCCAAAAUUUCAAUAAUUAUUAGUUAUGUUGAAAGUUUGUAUGAACCUCAAUCUUGAUUCUUGAUUCUUGAAAGUGACCGUGAGGCCGAUUAUUAAACGAUGCAAUUUCAAGAUUCAGAAUAGUGGUACAGAUUUACAUAGUACAUAGUAAUCUAGGAAAUUAUUGUUAUCUUGAAUUAGAUCAUAGCCAUCUAUAGUAACAGUUCUCUCCAGUUACACUAUAGAUAGCCAUGAUUAGAUAAAAAAUACGAGGUUCAAGAUUUACUGCAAAUUAUUUUUACUUGCUACAAGAGGAGCUGUUGAUGUGCCGUUUAGUUUCCUUUGAUGUUCAACAUGUUGAAUACCUUUUCCGUUCAACAUGUUGCAUGCCUCUCCAUGUACAAUAACUUAAUCAAAAACAACUAACCAUUUGUUGCUUUUCAAUAGGAAAGAGCUAUGGCUUCUUCUAUGGAGAUAAGACCCACUAAUCUUGAAAUUUGAAAUUAAAUUCAAUAUUUCGUGUAAAUUAUAUUCCUUGUAUCUAAUCAACACACUUUAUGUAAAUACUUGGAAAUAUCAUAGGUUACAUAUAUUUUGAAAUUAUCAUAGAAAAUGUAUCUCAAGAUUCCUUGUUCUGCAGAGUAUUUUCAUGUAGGGAUAUAGAACUUGGAAAGUUGAACGUUACCACUUUAAUGUGCUUUAUAAGAACAGAAGAGAGAAUGAAGAUAUUAGACAUGUUGGAGGAUUACAUAAUAGUAAUUUUUUCGAACUGAUAUUAAUAUUCUUAACAAAAAUUUGUCUGAUAUUGUAGUGUUAAUUAUUUAUAAGUCAAGUUUUUAAACUGAUAUCUAAGCAUCUAUUUAUAAAUCUUAUUUUCUAAUAAUAUUCAAUCAUGCGUAGAAGCUUUGGAAAUUUAAUGAUUUAUGUAAUCAGUUUAUAAGCUAUUGUUCUACCGUACCAUUUUUGUAACCAUAUUAAGAAUUUAACUUUCCGGUAGUCGCGCUCUACUCAAUCACAAGCAGUCGCGUGUUGUAAUUUUUACAACAUCCUAUUUUUUAUGUGUUAUAUACUCUGUUUACUGUCAAAACAUUUAAUUGUAUAAUUAAUAUUUCCAUCUUAUUGGAUUAUUUUACGCCUAUGAACAUCUGCAUGGUUACCUUUUCGUAGCCCAAUAAAAGGUACACCAAGCAAAGCCAUCAAUUCUGUGUUAUUGGUUCGUUGGCAGUCUCUUUCCCUAUCAUAUGCACUGUGGCGACUAAAUGGCACCUAAAUACUGAACCAUUGCUCGGUUGAUACUGCAACUCAGUGGAGUGAUGGGGAAAAAGUUUUGGAAUGCAUAGGUGACUCAUCCACUGACACCACCCCAUUCAAUAGUUUUGUGCAGCAAAAAAACUGACACUGUUGUACUUUUUACAACAGCGCGACUGCCGGAAGGUUAAUACUUUGUACUUUAUCAUUCCAAAUCAUAGUAAGUGGAUUAGAGCAUUAUGGCAUUGAAAAAUUCACGAGUAAGUAGGCCUAUUUGCAAUAUUUUUCGUAUCUACUAGUUCACACAUUUCUCAAAUAACUAUAAUAUUCUCUGGAUUAUUGUAAUAUUUUUCAGACAGCUAAACGUGUACUAGAUGGUCUCACAUUUGUCAGAUCGUUCUAGCGCUUCUCCAUUAUUUCUCAGGUUUCUUAAUACGUUUUAAAUAUUCCUGAUGGUUCACUCUAUACUUUUAUGAAAUCCAUUAUCCGAAGACUGCAGAUUGAAAUUCAUCAUUUAUUAUUGUAAUUCUUGAAUCAAACAUUGUCGUAUUCCUCAUUUUUAUAGAUUAUAUGGAUUAAUAUCUUUACUCACAAACAAACUAAUUUAUAGCUUAUUUUAUUUAGAGAAUGUUAGAUAUGUUCGGCGUAGGGGUUGGCGAUCCCAUGCUCAGUAGCCUUGUACUGUCACAGACAGCCUCUCUAGAGUCCUUCUUCCAACAGUAAUAAUUGACAAUAGUCGACAGUAAUCAUCUUUUUUUUCCCUGGAGCUUGUAUUGUGCAAUACGUGGAAGAAGAAGAAGAAGAACAAGCAAAUAAUGAUAACAUUCAUAUUUCCAGCAUGAUUCAAAUUCCAAACAAACUGAAUUCCUUAUCAUGCUAAAUGACAAUAUUCCUUGUUUUCCCUCAAUUUAUCAUUUCUCUUUCUAUUGUAUUCUCUAUCUAUACUUCCUUGUUCAAAAUAGAAUGGAAAUCAGUUAUUCAUUGUUUCAACUCCACCAAAUAUUAUUUUAAGAUCUGUGAUAUCAUAUUUUUAUUAAAUAUGUAUUUAUUGGAAUCUCGAAGUAAUGAUUCUGUUUUUAUUGUGUUGCAUUAUUAUAGUGUACUUUUGUAAUUAAAGUUUUGUUUUGUGCGAAAAACUUGA